UCAUCUAUUGUGUGCCCCCAUAAAUCUAAGUAUCUGAGAUACCCUCAGCCACGGCCAGAGUGCUUCAUUUGGUGACAUUCAUAGAAUCAGUUACCAUUGUAUCCUCUGUGCUGUCAUCCAUUCCAGCUACCUGCUUCUACUUUCUGUUAGGAAUGGGAAUGUUUACGGUAAGCAAGGAAGGAGAGGUCACAGUGAACUUCAAGAACAACAUAAACUUGAAUGAUUUCUACAAGCCUGAACAAUCUACAAACUUGAAGAGAAGGAAGGUGGGAAAUCUGAAGCUCCAAACCACAUUCUCGUUCAAACAUCUGCUUUCAGAGAAUUGUGGUUCACAAGAGGAAGUUGAGGAGGACUUGUUUAACAAACGAAGCCCCACAGUUAUGUCACAAAAACAAGAACUAAUGUUUUCUCCAACUUCCUCUGCCCAGCUUGAUUUAGCUGCAUUAAUGGUUCAGAAAGUUUACAAGAGUUACAGGAUUAGAAGAAUUCUGGCUGAUUGUGUAGUUGUUUGUGAGGAGCUACGGUUUGCUCAAUAUCCAACUCUACUGUGGAAGGAUUCAGUGAUUACCGCUUUUAACAGGCGCUCCAUAUCCAAUUUUGACUCUGAUAAAUCAGAAACAGCUAUUUCAAAAUGGGCACGAGCUAGGAUGAUGGUUGCUAAGGUGGGGAAAGGUUUGUCCAAAGAUGAUAAGGCACAAAAAUUGGCACUAAGACACUGGCUUGAAGCUAUUGAUCCUCGUCAUCGUUAUGGCCACAAUCUUCAUUUCUACUACUUGGUUUGGUUUCAUAGCCAGAGUUAUCAGCCUUUUUUCUACUGGUUGGAUGUGGGAGGUGGCAAAGAAGUAAAUCUUGAAGAAUGUCCUAGAAGCCAAUUGCAGAGGCAGUGCAUAAAGUACCUUGGACCCGAAGAAAGGGAAGCAUACGAAGUGAUUGUGGAGGGAGGUAGGCUUGUUUAUAGACAAAGCAAGGAUCUUGUACAUACGACCGAGGAUUCCAAGUGGAUUUUUGUUCUGAGCACGUCUAGAAUUUUAUACGUUGGCCAGAAGAAGAAAGGUCAUUUUCAGCACUCCAGUUUUCUAGCUGGUGGUGCUACCAUUGCAUCCGGAAGAUUGGUUGCUCAAAAUGGAGUUCUUCAUGCUAUAUGGCCCUACAGUGGUCACUACCGUCCAACAGAGAAGAAUUUUAUGGAAUUCACUAGCUUCUUGGAGGAACACAAAGUGAAUAUGACAAAUGUAAAGAGAGAUCCAAUUGAUGAAGAUGUCCCACCUUCUAAUCCUGUGAAUGAGGAGCUGCCAUUUGAGCACAUGGAAGGCAAUGUGGGUGCCAGAGCCACUGCCAAUAAUUGUGGUAAAGAAAAUGUGUGUCAGUUUGGUACCAAUGUGGAAGAGAACAAGCCAAUGUCAAGCAUAUGGAGUACCGGAGUAGGUCCUAGAAUUGGUUGCAUGAGAGAGUAUCCAGCAAACUUCCAAGUUCUGGCACUUGAACUACUCAAUCUUUCACCUAGAGUCAACGAUGAAACAUUUGCAGGCAAAGCACCUAUUCCCUCUCCGAGGCCUAGUACAAAACAUAUGUCGCUUGUCAACAUGGGACUUCCUAGCCCAAUGGUGCAUGUUUCUCCUCUUCAGGGUCUUUGGACAUUCAAGUGCAUAGGCAUUGCUUUAGUUUUAGCAUUUAAAAAUUUGGACAAUUGGUACAUAAUAUAGUAUGAUAAAGUCACAAAGGAGCUAACCCAAUAUUUAUUUGUUCAUUUGGGUUUUUAUUGGCCAAUUCCUUGUGUCAGUUAUAGUUUCUAUUGAAUUAUUAUUUUCCCUGCCCCUUAAAUGCCCAGUUGCUUAUCCAAUAGUGUUAAGGGGUUGGGUUAAUCAUCCCAUUUCUUGUAAUUAGUCAAAUCACAUUUGCAAAUAUAGCCAUUUUUUAUCUA